GCUACUGGAAACCACCUCGCGCCAAGCCCUGCGGACAACGCAUCCCCAAGAAGCCACACGUUGGGCCCAAGGCCCUCCCUGGUGAGUACACGGAGAUCGGCCGCGUGAUUUGCAAACAACGGCGGUACCUGGCGAAGAACCCACACGUCACGCGCAAGAGGCACUUCAAGUACUACCCUGGAGUGAAUGUGAAUGUGAUGCACAACUCAUCUCUGCAAGCUGCCUGCAGCGGACGGAUCAAGAUGACCCAUGACGUCUCACGGAAGGUGAUGGUGAUGAACGUCUUAGCCGAGCCAAGAGAGGAAUUUCUGCAAGAGGACAUGUGGCGAUAUCGCACAGAGCACGUCGGCAGCAUGGAGGAGAACCGUGAGCUUUGCGCCCUCCGAGCGAAAGCCUUCCCCAUCUUCGGCAAGGAGGGUGGUUGGGUCAACCAGCCAAUUGGUCCAAAGCCCAUGAGUGCACGGAUAUCGAAGAACAACGAUCGCUGGAACAACACGCUGGUGCGCGACCCCUUGGAGAUGGAACCCUUUUGCUAUCCCUUGAACCGAGCUCAAUUGGAAAGACACAUUCGAAAGGUACGGGCACGGCAAAAGGGCGUACCAGAGGAAAAGAAUGACCCGGAGUUCCAAAUCACCGACGUGAAGUUCAAGAAUUUCCAUGGCCAAACGGCCCAACGCUGA